CCGGCAGGGGAGGAGGUGGCGCCAUUUUGUUAGGUUCUCGGGAUUCAGUAGCGGAAGACGUGUGAGUGGGAUUAAUAAUAAUAAAGAAAAAGACGCUGCGGCGCUACUACAGCCUCUUGCCCCGGCCUCUACUGCACUUGGACGUCUGUUUUUUUUUUUUUGUGGCGACGUUUUGUUGGGUCCGCCAUUUAGACUUUUGGAGCUAUGGCAGAUGUUGACAAGCUAAACAUCGACAGCAUCAUACAGCGACUGUUAGAAGUUAGAGGAUCAAAACCAGGAAAAAAUGUACAACUUCAAGAGAAUGAGAUUCGAGGGCUCUGCCUGAAGUCUCGGGAAAUCUUCCUCAGUCAGCCAAUCUUACUUGAGCUUGAAGCACCUCUUAAAAUAUGUGGCGACAUUCAUGGUCAGUACUAUGACUUACUUCGACUAUUCGAAUAUGGUGGCUUCCCACCUGAAAGCAACUACCUAUUCCUAGGAGACUAUGUAGACCGAGGAAAGCAGUCUUUAGAAACCAUCUGUCUGCUUUUGGCAUACAAAAUCAAAUAUCCAGAGAACUUCUUCCUCCUCAGAGGCAAUCAUGAAUGUGCCAGCAUUAACCGAAUCUAUGGCUUUUAUGAUGAGUGCAAAAGAAGAUAUAAUAUAAAGUUAUGGAAAACCUUCACAGAUUGCUUUAAUUGUUUGCCAAUAGCUGCUAUAGUGGACGAGAAGAUCUUUUGCUGUCAUGGAGGCUUGUCUCCCGAUCUUCAGUCGAUGGAACAGAUCCGACGAAUUAUGCGGCCUACUGAUGUUCCAGACCAGGGUCUUCUGUGUGACUUACUUUGGUCUGAUCCUGACAAAGAUGUCCUAGGGUGGGGAGAAAACGACAGAGGUGUAUCUUUUACUUUUGGAGCUGAAGUGGUUGCAAAAUUUCUUCACAAACAUGAUCUGGAUCUCAUCUGCAGAGCUCAUCAGGUGGUUGAAGAUGGGUAUGAAUUUUUUGCCAAGAGACAACUGGUUACUCUGUUCUCAGCCCCAAACUAUUGUGGGGAAUUUGAUAAUGCUGGAGCAAUGAUGAGUGUAGAUGAAACAUUAAUGUGUUCCUUCCAGAUUCUAAAACCUGCAGAGAAAAAGAAGCCUAAUGCAAGCAGACCCGUAACGCCACCACGAGGCAUGAUCACAAAACAAGCAAAGAAAUAAAUAAAGCGCUUUCUUUUUGGACUUGUAUUAUAGUACAAAAUCUCAUUUUUUUUUAUGUGUAACGUGUCCUGGUUAGGUCCAUCUAGCUAGAUGUUUGUGGCUUUUUUUCUGCUUCCUUUUUAAUGAGUUGUAUUUGCUACUGCAGUCACUACUUUCUCAUCUGCGCCUUUUUCUAUUGGAAAGCACAUAAGCCAUUUUAUCUGCUAAAUUGCAUCCCUUCUGUCAGUGUUACUGUACACUCCAAAACUGUAAGCUUCAUUAUUCCCCUUUAUACAGUAUAUCUACAUGAACUAUAAGGCUUUAGUAAAUACGUAAAGAGGGCACUCAUGGGCUAGAGAGAGAAUGCCGUGGCUAAUUUACAUAUUGUUUAUUCAAACCACUGUGAACCUUUUUUUUUUAAAAAAAUUUGUUUUAAAGGGAUUUUUUUGUUGUUAUGUUCUCGCUUUGUAUAGCUGUCCAUCUUAGAUUUCCCUUGACUUCGCCAGCAUCACUGACUCGAUGUAUAUUUAAUUAAAGCACAUUUCCCAUACUGUAUACUUUAAAUGAAAUGAAAGCCAUUAUUUUAAUUGUUCUACUUCCUACAACCUGCAUUGUCAGUGUAUUGCUCAUGUCUUCCAUAGGUAUGGAGAUGGCUCUGAAAAUGUACUGUCUGCAUGGUUUAUUCAAAUAAAGUGAGGAUGGUUAUUAAGACAGAACAAUGCACUUCCUAAUGGCAUUACAUUUCUUUUUCUUUUUAUAUUGUAAGAGGGGAAUAAUUCCACUCCUCAACUUGCGAAGACUUAGGAAAUGCCAAAGGUGUCACUUAAUGUUUGCUGGUAUCAUUUUGUUUUCUUAAUAAAGAACUUUUGUUCGA